AUGGAAUGGACCCGUACCUCGGCCGGAAACCCAGCAGUCACAAACCUCCUCAGUCUCAAAAGUUUCCUGCCAACCGAAGUCAACGAGGCCACAACCAAGACAAUUGUUGCACAGAAGCCGAAGACGAAUCUGCCGGAGAAGGUCGAUCCUGAUUCUGUUCCCACUGCAGAAAGCAUAGGUCAAGGUUCGUACCAAAAGUACAACCAAAACCAGGUGAACAAGCUCUUCUCGUUGGUUUUCUCGGAAAACCAGACUGCUGCUGCCGCUGCCAGGGAAACGGGGAUCAAUGUCCGGACUGCCCAGAACUAUGUCAGGCUGGCCAGAGAGAAGAUCCAGGCCGAUUUUGAUGCUGCCACAGUGAAGACUGAUAAGUCCAAUGGGCUGGAGACGAUGGAGGUUGAGGAGUUUUUCGAAAAUAAACCAGAUGCUACCUUGGAACAAGCAAGGAUAGCUGUCAUGGAAGAGUUCUCUGGGCUGCAGAUUACCAAAUCAGCAAUCCAGAAGCACUUGGUGAAGAAGUUGGAGAAGCUGCCUGAGAAGAGAGACAACGUCAACACAAUUGAGAUGAGACGAGACCGCAUUUUGGAGUGGCAACAACUUGCGGAUUUCAACUAUCUGUUGAACUGUGUGUUCAUCGAUGAAGCAGGCUUCAACAUGCACAUCAAGAGAACUUUUGGCCGUUCCGUCAGUGGCACCCCGGCUAAGACAACUGUCCCGAUGCAGAGAGGUGUGUCCAUCACCAUCCUUGGUGCAAUGCGCAAGAGAGGGAUUGUCAGCCUCUCGUUGAAGAAACCCACUGCUGUUGCAACCAAGAAGAAGAGAAAGUUGGACAUCUACACCAACGUUGAGGUGAACGGCCAAAUUGGCACCAGAACCCAGCACUACCUCAACUUUCUUAGUCAUACAAUGGACAUUGGGAUUUCUGAAGGUUUAUGGGUUUUAAAGCUCCGAAUUCAAACUCCGCCCUUUGCUUACAGUGUUUUAAAGCAAUCUGUAGAUCACGAGUUCAAUUCUCACAAAAGACAUAUAAAUAUUUAUUUGUUUUCUCUAUCAAUUUUGCGACGUCUUGUGACGUGCAUAUACUUAAAACAAUGCCGUGAAUAUAAUCAAUCUUCUUUAUCAGUUCAUUCAUUAUCUAUUCCUCCUUUGAGCUAUGUUAUGACAUCAAUAUAUACAUCUGAAGUUGCAAAACGAUAUUUGAUUGCACAGGGUGCUUUAUAUCCAAGAAAUCAUAUUAUUUUUACUUGUUCUGGUGGCAGUUCUAUGAACUAUGUAUUUGAAAAAGACAGAGGCUACAGUUACAGAUACAGUGGAGUAAACAGCAUGGGAGCAACAUAUUGUAAAAGAGAAAAAAAAUCUGAAAGAUUAGAUUCUUUCUUUGCACAAAGACAUCUUUUUUAUGAUGUUGUUAUGCAAGGAAUACAGUCUCAUCAAUUAAAUGAAAGAAAAUUUUAG